AUGACUAUGAUACUCGAUCAUCCUAGUCGUCCAUACGGCGGUAUGGGCUACGACAGUAACAUGUAUCCUUCUAUGCACGCCGCACCAAACUUCACAGAUCCAUGGGCACACCAAACCAGUAACCAUGCACAAAAUCGGUCGGGCUUGUUGCAAUAUUCACAGAUAGGACAUUCUCCUCCAACUUCAGCGCCUUCAGCAUCAAACAGCCAAUAUGCUCCGCACCACCAUGAUGGAUCACAUUUGCUCAACCACUCCCACGACAUUCCGAGACCGAGCGUGUCGUAUGCCGACCAACAAUAUUCUUCCAGUGCAACAGCGCCAUCAUCAUACUCGACCGCCUACCCAUCAUUGAGCUACGCACAAUCUCUUCACCAACAACAGGCAGUCCAGCAACGAAAGAUGUCGGAAGUUAGCAAUGACUCUCGCGCCGCGACUGCCAGUUUUGGCGAACUAGAUGCCUCACGCGGCAUGCUGGCACUUAGUCACCAGAAUCUGCAAGACUUAACUCCUCGCAAUAUUUACGAAGCGCGAGCUGCUCGCAGUUCCUCAGACUCUUACGGAUUUCCACCAAAUACAUCCGGCCACUCUUCCAUCUCUGCAGAGUCUGGACGCAGCUACCCUUACUAUGGCAGCUCGGUGGGUUCCGUUGCCGACUCAGCGACCGACUACAGUUCUGCAGCCUCAGAUGCUGGCUACGAUCCAAUGUCGAGGACACUACCUCGACCACAGCAAUUGAUGGGCGCGCCACUGGGCCCUCCAGCUCCCCAAACCAUGAUGGGUCAAUUUUCCAGUAAAGUAUCUGGCAACACACAGAAGAAACACAAAUGCAAAGUUUGCGACAAACGCUUCACACGACCUAGUUCUUUACAGACUCACAUGUACAGCCACACUGGAGAGAAGCCGUUCGCCUGCGAUGUAGAAGGAUGCGGUCGACACUUCUCCGUUGUAAGCAACUUGCGGCGUCACAAGAAGGUCCACAGGGGCGAAGGUGCUUCGGUGUCUAGUGCUUCCGAUGCAGAAGACAACGCUUCGUCCUGA